AUGAUGACUUUCACUAUGCUGAGGCCGGUGUCCACUCAUCCCUUCUCUUACCCCGCGGACCUGACCAUGAUGUCCGACGACGAGGAGGGCAGCCGCAGCGAGAGCGACGGCAGCACCGACCAGGGCUACGACUGCUGCGGGACUCCGGUGGAGGGAUACCGGCGGGAGUCCGGCGGCGUGGUGGUCCGUCAGCGGAAUGCCGCCAACGCCAGAGAGAGACACCGGACCCAGAGCGUCAACUCGGCCUUCACGGCUCUGCGGACACUUAUCCCCACGGAGCCGGUGGACAGGAGGUUGUCCAAGAUCGAGACGCUGCGCCUGGCGUCCAGCUACAUCUCGCACCUGGCCAACGUGCUGGUGGUGGACGGCAGGGAGGACGGCCAGCCGUGUCUCAGCGCUGUCUACAAGGAGCUGAAGGGGAGUGGAGGGGGCAAGAAGCCCAGGACCAUCUGCACUUUCUGCCUCAGCAACCAACGGAAAGGGGUGACGGACAGACGAGACUGUGUGAAGAUGCAUGGGCACAGCCGGAGACAAAUGAAUCGGUGA